AUGGGCGCGAGCUCCUCCAAGCCGGCCGAUGGCCAGACCUCGCACGUCUGGAAAGCUUCCGGACCCGUAGGCGUCUCACAAGAUGUCGUCGAAUCGCUACAGGGUAGCACCGAGACCGACAGAUCCCGAGCCCAGACGAUCGAGCUGGCAGUGCAGGCCCGCGUGGCCGAAGAGCUCAAAAAGCUCACCUCACAAGAGUCCGAAGCGCUGAAGGCCGCGCACAAGAAGGCCUCGGAGAUCACGGAUGCCGAGGCGCAGAAGGAGGCUGGCAACAGCAGGCAGCGGGUGUCCAAGGAGGUCGAGGCGCUGCGGGCGCGGCUCGAGAAGCGCAAGCAGCUGCGCGAGCUGCCCGAGAGCGUCGAGAAGUCCCGGAGCGAGGUGGUCCAGUGCCUGAUCGCCAACGACCGCCGGCCGCUGAACUGCUGGAAGGAGGUCGAGAACUUCAAGGAGGAAGUCCGGAGGCUGGAGAAGGAGUGGGUCGAGAGGGUUGUGCGAUAG